AUGACCACAAAAGAGGCUAUGAAGCUACGACUUGGACCCGGCUUCCUCGUGCAUUCCCCCCCUCCUCGAUCUGCUACUAUCUCACUGAGAUACUCUGCCCCGCCUCAUCUGGAGUGCUCCUCAGUUGGGGAUUGGAUUGUUCCAGAUACGAUGCAGGCCACGCAUCACAAGAUCUCCGUCGAGCGCAACGCCGUCCACCGCGGCAACACCUGCGACGAUGAAUGGCCAGACGAGGACACCUGGGCUCUCAAUAGUCUUCAGGGCGGCUCGAAGGGGAUCCAACAGCCUGAUUCAGUUCCGUCCCUCGCCAGCUAG